UUGCCAAGCAGUUACAUGGGGACGCGUGGCCCCCACCCCAGCUGUAUCCCGUUUAACCGUUUACCGGAUACUACCCGUAACCUCCUCAUCCCUCAACUCACAUUUUACCUCUUCCUUUUCGCCCUUUAUAUUCUCUCCCAUCUCCCUCCACUCUCCUUCCAGAGACCACCAAAUCUCAGAGGCCUCAACCUCUCCAUCUCCUCCCCCAUUCCUCUUUCUCUCUCCUCACAAAUUAGGGUUAGGGUUAUGGAACAUCAUCAAACCUUAUCUUCCUCAUCAAUGGCGGCGGCAGAUCGUAUCAAAGGUCCAUGGAGUCCCGAAGAAGACGACCUCUUAACGAAACUCGUACAAAAGCAUGGCGCUAGGAACUGGUCGGUGAUUAGCAAGUCUAUUCCGGGAAGGUCGGGGAAAUCCUGCCGUCUUCGCUGGUGUAAUCAGCUCUCCCCGGAGGUUGAACACCGGCCAUUUACAGCAGAGGAGGACGAUAUCAUCGUCAGGGCGCACCACAAGUUUGGGAACAAGUGGGCCACCAUUUCACGGCUUCUCAACGGCCGCACCGACAACGCUAUAAAGAACCACUGGAAUAGCACUUUGAAGAGAAAGUUUUCAGCGGUCGGUGGAGUAGAUGAGGUUUAUCGCCCGGAGAAACGGCCGGAGAUUUCUCACUUCUCUCCUCCUGCGAGUCCCUCGGAAUCUGACGUUAGUGACUCUGGCGUUGCCGCUGGUUUUCGGCCUGCGGUUGUGGAGGAGAGAGAAAACCUAGAGGAUGAUCCUUUGACUGCGUUGACUCUCUCUCUGCCUGGAGUGGAGGAGCAGCAUCCGAGUCGGAUUGAGCCUACUCAGGAGGAGAAUCGGAAGGGUGAGUCGGUGAAGGAAACAUUGUCGUUUGGUCCUGAGUUGAUGACUGUGAUGCAGGAGAUGAUUAGGAAGGAGGUGCGGAGUUAUAUGGCGGAGGCUGAGAAGAGUGGUGUAUAUUUUGAUGGAGAUAGUGCCCAAAACGCCGUCGUUGAACGCUUUUGCAAUGGCCAUUUUCAUUGAGGGAGAAAACAUGGAAGAAAAAAGAAAAAAAAAAAUUAUCCCCAAAAUAUUCAUUUCAUUUUAAUCUUUUUAAAAAUUUCGGUAGUUUCAGUCACAAAAUUUAUGUACAGAAAUGAGGAGUAGAAAAAAAAAUCAGAGAAUUAAAUUUAGGUUUUAAAAAUUGAAAUGAAUCAGAACAUUUUUGGUAGAAAUUUGGAUUUUAAGUCUUAAUUAUUAGAGUUUAUUACGGAGUUUUAUGUUAUCGGUCUAAUGAAAAUCACUAUGAGUCAAUUCUUAUAGUAUGUGCAAUAUUGGUGGUUACAAAUAGAAUUAGAAAAUUGCAGCAAUUGGAAAUUGUUGAGGGACUACUAACCAGGGGCAGGAGUAAAAAGUGACAAUUUAAAUUUGAAAAAAUAAAAAUGCAUGUUAAAUGGCACACGAGGGUACGGAAGGUGUACGUUAUGGUGGUACAAUUGCUAGACAGUUUAGAUCUUUUGAGAGGAGGGAUUGGAAUUUGGAAGUGGGGGACUGAGCGAGGGGUUUCAUGGUAAUUUUGACUAGGUGGGAUGGAAUGUUUACUUGUUUAGUCAUAGUCGUUCAUUUCAUGAGCUGUAACUUCUAUAAAUAAUAAAUGUCAUUUUGGCCCAAUGGGCUCUGAA